UUAGGACUCUUUGGUUUCCUGUAUGGGGAACGGGAGGACGCGCCCGGAAAUGUCGGACUACACGACCAGCUAUUAGGACUAAAAUGGGUUCGAGAAAAUAUUCAUGCAUUUGGAGGAGACAAGGAUCAGAUCACUAUAUUCGGUGAGAGCGCCGGUAGUAUCUCAGUCACUGAACACAUACUGUCCCCAUUGGGUAAGGGUUUGUUCAAGAGGGCUAUUAUGCAAAGUGGAGCGCAUAUGUACUAUAAGGAAAAGGAUCUCUACGAUGUCGACCAAUACAUGAAUCAAACCAAACAAAUAGCGAAGCAAUUGAAUUGUAGUGAAGCCGAGGAUUGGAUCCAAUGUUUGCGAGGAAUCGAUGCAAAAGAGUUUCAAAAAUACUCUACUUUUCAAGUCUUCCCAUUCAUUGGCACUGAGUUUCGUAAUAUAACCGCACAAAAGGCUUUCGAUGACAUGAAAUUCAAUUCAGACAUAGACCUGUUAGCCGGUGUAACCCGAAAGGAGGGCUCAUUACUGGCACACCUCGUAAACCCGGAUAACUUUACUGUCGAUAGUUUCAAACAGUCUGUCAUUAAUACAAAUGCUAUGUUUCACGGACUGGAUGUGCAAAAGGUGGUGGACUAUUACCUCAAAGGUGUCAAUACGAGUGAUUCACAGGCACUCAAAUGGGCUUAUUAUGAGUUUUACGGCGAUUUACAACUAAAAUGUCCCACAUACUUGUUCGCAAAACAAUUUAAAACCAAAGUCCAAAACAAGCAAAAGGUGUAUUUCUAUGAGUGGGACUAUUUGAGUGAGUAUUUCGCAAAAAUAUUAGGCUGCAAACCAGAGACUAUGGGUGUAUGUCACGGCAUGGAUAUACCGUUCCCUUUUGGUAUACCCCUCAUUAACCCACAACAAUAUUCAGCCAAAGAUAUUGCGUUCAGUAAACAGAUUGUCCGCAUUUGGACUAAUUUUGCCAAAUAUGGG